CUUCGGCAUAAUUUAGUUGGUCUUUGUCUUUCGCUGUGCUCGUUACGAAUCGUCGCCACCUUCUCUCGUUUUCACAGGACUCACAGGAUUUAGGGCCGUGGCAACAAUAACAAUAACAAAAAGGCACAUCGUCGCGCAAUCAAAUACAACAAUUUUGUAGCAUACUUUUCAGCUACUCUGCUGCAAUACGCAUUACUCGAAUCAAUCAAGUUCAAUUUAGCUCAGCAGCAAGUGGUUGCUCUCCCACUUGCAAUACAAACAAAAAAAUUACAAAAAUCGAAUCCAAUUCGCGGUGCAACAAAUUGAUUUUUUGGGCUGGCGAGAAAAGCGAUAUAAACCGUCCGCGAUAUAAAAUAAAUAAAAUACACCGGCAACAAGCAGAUCGACCACCACACAUAUCCCAGCAAUCUACACUACCAGUUCUUUAGUUGUGUGAAAGAAAGCAGAUCCCACGAUGCUGAUUGGAUUAGUACGCGACUCGGUGAUGCAGUGCUUCUGCCACACGUGCCGGGCACCUGGAAUUUUGCCAGCGGUGUCUAGACGAUCGGCGCCAAUCAAGAAAAAUAAUAAGAUUCGUUCCAAGCAGCCGCGUCUAAGCAAGAAAGUUAAAUUUAUUACCACAGAGAUUCGCUGCCAGGAGAAGUCCCGCGGUGGACUGAGCUAUGAAGUCAUCCUGGCCGAGCCGGCACCCAAUGUGGCCGUUCCAAAACGACCGGUCACCCCCGGCAAGAACGUUAGCGUCGAGGAGAUUGAGCAGAAACUUAAGGCGGCCGAAGAACGUCGCAUUUCUCUAGAAGCCAAGAAGAUGGCUGACAUCUCCACCAAGCUGGCUAAAGUCGAGGAGGCGACUCGCAAAAAGGAUGAGAUCACCAAUGAGUUCAUUACUCAGACCAAGGAGCAGCUGGAGUCGAAAAUGGAGCUGCAUGUGGAGAAGCGAGAGGCCAUCAUCAGUGACAUGAAGGAGAAGCUAAAGAUCCAUGCCCAGGAUAUCGAAAAGACGCGUGAGACUCUUGAGCAGCAGAAGGCCAACGAGCAGAAGGCAAUCGAGGAAAAGUUGAAGAUUGCUCAGUCUCUUCGCGAUGAGAAUAUCAAGAAAAUGUUGGAUCGCCUAAAGGAGCAUAACACAAUCAAAAUUGCCGAAAUCAAAUCGCAGAACGAUCAAUUGGAAUGUCAAAAGCUCGAGGAGAAAGCGCGCAUUUAUGAGAACAAAUUGUUCGCCGCCGAGCAGAAACGCGAAAAGGAAUUGCAAAAAAAAAUUGAAAAAGUUCAAAAACUCGAACGUCGCGCCGAGCUAGUGCGCCAGAACAAGGCCCAGGCCCAGGAUUUGGAUGGUCAGCAGAGCGCCAUUGCCUCCUCGGGCUAAGUGGAGCGAUCCUGCAUCGAGAGCUGUGCUCACCCACUGCAAACAAGGUUACAAGGCGACUACAAAAAGAACAGCAACACUGCAUAAUACACGAACACAUAUUUAAGCAAGAAAACCCUUAAAACUGAAACCAAUUUCUCAAAAUUUCCAAGUAUUAUGAAAGCAAACGAAGCGAAGGGCAAGGGCAAAGUCUCAAGAUACCGCUGAGCGAGUUUUCUCACGAGCUCUAUAAUGAAACACUAACACGAAUAAGCUACGAUAAAGCAAAAAAAAAAGGAAUGCUUACGGCAAAAAACCAUUAGUAAA